UUAUUAUUAUUAUUCCUUCUUUUAAUCCAUAUAUGUACAAAACACAAAUGCACCUACUGAUUCCCGAUUCUGGACAUAUAUUAUAUAUAUAUUUGAAAUACACAAAUAUAUACAAAUAAUUGCUUGUGUGUCUGAAAAAAAAAAAAAAAAAAAAAUUGCUUGUGUGUACCUGAAAGUAAGUUAGUCCUUGGAAUUUUAACAUAAUUACUUGUUUAUGUAUAAAUAAUUGUUUUAGGGCUUCUAAGUGGUAGAUAUGGAACCAUGGAUGAUUAAAAUUCUGAGGAACAAUGAGGUAGACUACAAGGAUAUAUUGGAGACCGCUUAUGGUGUUGAAAUUCACCCUGAUGCUGUAGUUCUUGCUUGUAACAUCACCAUGAGAUACACUGAUGUUCUGCUGUCUGACGAAAGAGGGGUUUGUGACAAUCUUGAGGUUGUCCUGAAAAAGAAGGAGAUGGAGAUUGUGGAAAAAGCCUGUGUGAAAUUGAAACUUGAUUUAGGCGCGAAUGUGGAAGAGGAGGCUUUGGAUUUUGAUGAGUACUCAUUUUGUUGUACACUUGUUGAAAUGGAGGAGAUCAAGAGAGAGAAGGACCCUGCUAGCAAGUUUUGGUUUCCUUAUGUUAAAAAGGAUUUUGAAGAUUUAAUAAACAAGUUGGAUAGGUUUGUGAGGAAGUGGAAACCCACGAUGAGGAGCUCAAAAGAAAGAGAUGAAGAAAUAGACAUGUUGGAAGGAGCGCGCCACAUGUUGGUUUCAUGUUUACAGGAGGUAGAAGGUGUGAAUGGGAUGGAAUCAACCACACUCUUUCCAGUGGUUCAAUACCUGUCUACCCCAUGCUAACGAUUCACAAAAAAUUUAAGCAAAACCUGACUGUUACUGCAAGUCUAAUUGCAGAGGUAGCAAGUCCUUUGACUGGGAUUCCUGCUUCUUGGCUCCUUCAUUUUCCGGAGCUGCCACUUCAGGGCUUCGAACCAAGACUGGCUAAAGGGAUGAUUGGACAAGAACAUGUUCCAUUUGUCAUUAGCAAUGUAUUGUCAAGGUGUAGAGUUGGUUCUCGCCCAAUUGGAUCAUUUCUUUUUUUAAAUGGCCUUUUUUCGGGAUGGACAGAGAUUGCCAAAUCUCUUGCCCGGCAACUUUUUGAUGACAGUGGAAGGUUGAUAGCAUUCGACUUGUCAGAAUACUCGGACUCACAAUCUGCCUCACGUCUUAUUGGUUUUCCCUCCAGCCCCAGUUCCUGUUAUCGUGAAGGACUGCUCACAGAAGCUGUUAAGAGGAUGCCUUUCGCCGUAGUGUUGCUUGACAAUGUUGAUAGGGCUCAUCCUUUUGUUACUGACGUUCUGAUUGAGAUCAUUACCAAUGGCAGUGUAUCAAAUGGCGAAGGAGGCACCACUGACUUCACCAAAACAGUGAUUAUCAUGACAUCAAAUGUUAUGGAUGGUAAAAUCCAGGGGUGGAAAUGCAAUUGU